GUUGGUGGGUGGGGUUUACGUUUGCACAUGACAUCGUCAAACGAUCACAUGACUCACUCUCCACGACGUCUCUUUGGUGGCUCAUGAUGGCUUUGAGAAGAGCUCUGCAUUUUGUUUUUAAAGUAGGGGACAGAUCCCGAACGGCCACGUUUUACAGAGAUGUACUUGGUAUGCAGAUUUUGCGACACGAAGAAUUUGAAGAGGGCUGUAAAGCUACAUGCAACGGGCCUUAUGAUGGAAAGUGGAGUAAAUCCAUGGUAGGAUUUGGAUCUGAAGAUAACCACUUUGUAGUUGAGCUCACCUACAACUAUGGGGUGGCUGAGUAUCGGCUUGGCAACGAUUUCUUGGGUCUAACACUACAGUCCAGCCAGGCGGUCAGUAAUGCCAGGAGACUAGGCUGGUUGCUUAUCGAAGCUGGUGAAGGGAUGUUUGUAACAGAAGCACCCGGAGGCUACAAAUUCUAUAUAGUGGACAAGGAACAGCCAGAAGCAGAUCCAGUGCAAAAAGUGACUCUGGCAGUGUCAGACCUUCAGAGAUCCACUCACUACUGGUCUAGCCUUCUGGGGAUGAAAAUCUAUCAGAAAAAUGCAGAGAAGAAGUCAGUUCUUCUUGGAUAUGCCGACAAUCAGUGCAAAUUGGAGCUUCAGGACAUACAAGAUACUGUCGACCAUGGAACAGCAUUUGGGAGAAUUGCCUUUUCAUGUCCUAGAGAGCAGCUGCCUGCUAUUGAAGCUUUGAUGAAGAAAGAGAAUCAGAAAAUCAUAACUCCACUAGUCAGUCUUGACACUCCUGGGAAGGCAACAGUGGAGGUGGUUAUUUUAGCCGAUCCAGAUGGCCAUGAGAUCUGCUUUGUGGGUGAUGAAGCCUUCAGAGAGCUCUCCAAGUUUGACCCCAAAGGAAACUCCCUACUAGACAAGGCAAUGGCAGAAGACAAAAGUGAUGAAUGGUUUGCAAAACAUCAGAAACGGAAAGCCCACGCAUAAGUAAAAGCUAUACAUGGGACCACCAUCUUCAGGACAAAACUCAGCUCUUCUUUCACAAGUCUUCAAAUGAGUCUAUGAUGAAUGCAUUUAGUUAUGUUUAUACUGUGUAAUAAAAUAUAUGUUCUGGAAAUGAAAUAAGCAAAUAGGCGCUGAAAAUAAAGACUACACGAGUUUAAAACA